CUUCCUUUUCCAGGACCGCUUCAAGUUCACCAUCCUGAACGCCGUGCUGGUGGCCAACAAGGGCGACCUCGCAGCCCUCGUCGACUCGGAGGCGCGCGUCAUGCUGCUCUACUGCACGCGUGAGGAGGCCAUAGACGUCCUCGCAGCCGCCCGCGACCUGCACCUCACAGGCGAGAACUACGUGUGGGUAGUCACGCAAAGCGUCAUCGAGAACCCGCAGCAGGCGCCCUACCAGUUCCCCGUAGGGAUGCUGGGAGUCCAUUUCGAUACGUCCAGCAGCAGCCUCGUCAACGAGAUCACCACAGCCAUCAAGGUGUACGCUUAUGGCGUGGAGGACUUCAUCAACGACCCUGCCAACGCUCAAAGGUCCCUCAACACGCAGCUGUCCUGCGAGGGGGCAGGGGCUGCCAGGUGGGACACUGGGGACAGAUUCUUCAAGUAUUUGAGGAAUGUCAGCGUAGAGGCAGAUCAAGGCAGACCAAAUCUGGAGUUCACGCAGGACGGGGUUCUCAAGGCUGCUGAGCUGAAGAUCAUGAAUUUGAGACCAGGAGUGAGCAAACAACUGGUUUGGGAAGAGAUCGGCGUGUGGAAGUCGUGGCAGCGCGAAGGGCUCGACAUCAAGGACAUCGUGUGGCCGGGCGACAGCCACACGCCGCCCCAGGGGGUGCCCGAGAAAUUCCACCUGAAGAUCACCUUCCUGGAGGAGCCGCCCUACAUCAACCUGGCGCCGCCCGAUCCGGUGACGGGCAAGUGCCUGAUGGACAGGGGCGUGCAGUGCAGGGUGGCCAGCGAAGCGGACAUCACCGAGGUGGACAUGUCGCAGGCGCACCGCAACGGCAGCUUCUACCAGUGCUGCUCCGGCUUCUGCAUCGACCUGCUGCAGAAGUUCGGCGAGGAGUUGGGCUUCACGUGGGAGCUGGUGCGCGUUGAGGACGGCAAAUGGGGUACCAGUGAGCGCGGCCGGUGGAACGGCCUCAUCGCCGAGCUGGUCAACCGGAAGACCGACAUGGUGCUCACGUCGCUCAUGAUCAACGCCGAGAGGGAGGCGGUGGUGGAUUUCAGCGUGCCGUACAUGGAAACAGGUAUAGCCAUAGUGGUGGCCAAACGCACCGGAAUUAUCUCGCCCACCGCCUUCCUGGAACCCUUCGACACCGCCUCCUGGAUGCUGGUGGGCAUCGUCGCCAUACAGGCCGCCACCUUCAUGAUUUUCCUCUUCGAGUGGCUCUCGCCGAGCGGCUUCAACAUGAAGCUGUCCUUCAACCAGAAUCCCUCAGCUUCUCACAGAUUCUCCUUAUUCCGCACAUACUGGCUAGUAUGGGCAGUGCUAUUCCAAGCAGCAGUGCACGUUGAUUCUCCCAGGGGAUUCACCGCCCGAUUCAUGACCAACGUUUGGGCCAUGUUCGCCGUCGUCUUCCUCGCCAUCUACACUGCCAACUUAGCCGCCUUCAUGAUAACGAGAGAGGAAUAUUUCGAAUUUUCAGGCAUUGAUGACCCUCGUUUGUGCAGGCCCUACUCCUAUAAGCCUUCGAUCAAAUUCGGCACCAUUCCCUAUUCCCAUAGCGAUUCGACCAUGGCCAAAUAUUUCAAAGAGAUGCACGCUUACAUGGUCAACUAUAACCGAUCUAACGUCAUACAGGGCGUUGCAGGAGUGCUCAGCGGGGAGCUGGACGCUUUCAUUUACGAUGGUACGGUCCUGGAGUACCUAACUUCACAAGAUGAAGAUUGCAGGUUACUGACUGUAGGGUCGUGGUAUGCCAUGACGGGAUAUGGCCUGGCCUUUCCCAGAAACUCCAAAUACCUCAAGAUGUUCAACAAGAGACUGCUCGACUUCCGGGAAAACGGAGAUCUGGAAAGGCUGCGGCGCUACUGGAUGACAGGAGUCUGCAAACCUGGCAAGCAAGAGCACAAAAGCUCUGAUCCUCUAGCUCUCGAACAGUUUCUAUCAGCUUUUCUUCUUCUCAUGUCUGGAAUACUUCUGGCAGCUCUCCUCUUGCUCAUGGAGUACCUGUACUUCAAGUACUUGCGGGCGCACCUCGCCAAGACCGAUCGCGGCGGCUGCUGCGCCCUCAUCAGCCUCUCGAUGGGCAAGAGCCUCACGUUCCGUGGGGCGGUGUUCGAGGCGCAGGACAUCCUGCGCAACCACCGCUGCAAGGACCCCGUCUGCGACACGCACCUGUGGAAGGUGAAGCGGGACUUAGAUGUGGCGCAGCUGCGCAUCAAGCAGCUGGAGAAGACGAUGGAGGGGCACGGCGUGAAGCCGCCGCCGCCGUGCAAGCGGUGA